AUGAUAUUUUUUUUUCUGGCUACAGUUUAAAGGGCACUUUCUGUUUAUGGAGUAAAGCCUAUCAUUAUCAAAAUAUGUAACCGAAGGAUUACAGUAUGACUUCCUGUGAUUUUAUUUCUAUAUUGGUGCUUUAAGCAGCAAUGAGUAAAUCAUCUAAAUUAUGUCGUAAGACCUCUUGUCCAAGAAGCAAUAUAUUCUGCAAUCUCAUUGACAAAAUUGUUAAAAGACCAUCCUUGCAGUUUUUGGGGCAGUGGGGAUAUCACUGCUACGAACCCAGGAUUUACAGAACACUGGCAAAAAUUCUGAGGUAUGUCGACUUGGAUGGGUUUGACAUACUGCUCACAGAUUAUAUUGCAUUUGUGGAAAAAUCAGGAUACCGAUUCGAACUCAAUUUUAAUCUUGAAUUUACUGAAAUAUGUGUGAAUACAAUUCUGUACUGGGUUUUUGCCAGAAAAGGUAAUCCUGACUUUGUGGAAUUACUUCUCAAGAAGACAAAAGACUAUGUUCAAGACAGAAGUUGUAACCUGGCACUGAUAUGGAGAACUUUCACACCAGUAUACUGUCCAAGCCCAUUAAGUGGCAUCACACCUCUACUUUAUGUAGCUCAGACAAGACAAUCCAAUAUCUUAAAAAUACUCCUGCAAUAUGGAAUCUUAGAAAGAGAAAAAAACCCUAUCAACAUUGUGUUAACAAUAUUACUCUACCCUUCAAGAGUGAGAAUAAUGGUUGAUCACGAAUUGGUCGACAUCCAGGAAGAUGCCAAAACAUGUUUAGUGCUAUGUUCCAGAGUGCUUUCUGUCAUUUCAAUCAGAGAAAUAGAGACGCAGCUAAGUUUAGGAAGACGUCCAAUUAUUUCAAAUUGGCUGGACUACAUUCCUUCAACAAGAUACAAAGAUCCAUGUGAACUACUACAUUUCUGCAGAAUAACCAUCAGGGCUCAACUACUGACCAACAAUAUGCUCCCAAAUGGAAUAUUUUCACUUCUAAUUCCUGCUCGUCUGCAGAACUACCUGAAUUUAGAAAGCUAAUGCACAUCUUUUUCUGCAUUCUUCAAGGAUGCUCACUGUUGUAUGGUUUAGAAGUUAAUAAACUAUUAACUUCAAAAAA